CUUGAUGUCUUCGAGUGCCGCGCAUAGCCAUACUUCCGAGCAUUCUCGGCCACGCCCACCUUCCCCGUACGAACUGCUCUACAUAAGUCAAAACAAUCUCCAUACCUCGGGGGUACGGUGUGUCAGCUGAAUAACACUAUAUCCUCGAUAUCUAGAUCUUUAAUCACAAGUCACGAUGCCUGAGCUCCAACCACAAAUACAGCGUCUACUCAACCUGUCCAUUGCUUGUGCGCUCAUAUCUACUUUCUCUAUCGUCAUCAGGAUCUACUGCAAAAUUAGAAAUAAGGGCGGUUUCCACACUGGAUGUCUAUUCAAAAAGGAAAGCUCUUGGGACGCAGAUAACUGAUCAACAUCUCGUCGAAAAUAGACUUGCUCGGGAAGACUUCUGAAGGAUGCGAGCCAGAAGCAAGUUAAUGAGUGGAUUGCACGUUUAUCUAUAUAAUAUGUCAGGG